AGAAUGAAAUAUAUCAUUUUUGGUCUUCGUUGGUACUUCAUAAGCACGAAUAAACUCGCUUACUGGUUCAAACUGAGGAAGCAUUACAUUUCAAAUUCAACAAAACUAAGCAAACAAAUUGCAUUCAAUCACGUGCUAAAUCAAGAUUACAAGGGAAACUAACACGGUGUAGCACAAGAAAUACACUUAUUGAAAUAUCAAAAGUUUACGCUUAGAAGAAAUCAGUCUUUCGCGCGUUGUAUAAACACAGAAAAUGGCAUCAUCACCGCAAAAACGCAAAUUUCCGGAUGUAUCACCUGAAGAGCCGGUAGUCAGCAGAAGUGGUCGUAUUCGUAAGCCAAAGGUGUUCUAUGACCCGUCGGAAAGUGCUAAACGACGUUCCUUGCCAAAUACGGAAACGGCAAAGUCGAAGAAAGCUUCCAAGGUAGUUGAAGCACAACCCGAGCAACAAGUGAAGAAAUUAGAAAAAUCGCCGAUUGAAGAGAAGGAAAAAGCGAAAAUAGCACCAGUGAAAGCGGCUGUAAUAAACAAUCGUCGACGUACAAUAUGCGCUUCAACUUUUGCCGUUGCCGACGAUGGUACCGGUUGCAUCGUAUGUGGUCGCAGCGAUAUCAAGAAAGGACGCUUCGUCAAUUGCACAGACUGCAAUAGUCGCGGACAUUUCACGUGCCUACGGAAUGACAAACUCUUCAAAACUGCCGACCAAGAGCACAAUUGGCAAUGUGCCACUUGUAAAAUUUGCAAGCAUUGCUUGAGAAUCACACAGAACGAGCAACUCUAUAAAUGCAUCCUUUGCUUAAGCUCAUACCACUUGCAUUGCUCCAGCAAAUUUGCACAGUUGCCAAAACACGUGGUGAAGAAAAAGUUCACCUGCGGUAUGUGUAUGAAAGGGUUGGCGGCGGCCAAGAAGCCAGUUGAAAUAUCGCCACGGUCUUUGAUACCGAAUCGAAAAUCCGAAGGUUUUCCCGGUUUUCCACGUAACGAAACUGUCAAAGUUGCUCCGAAACCAACUGUCGCAACAAAGACCAUCAAGAAAAUCGUCUCGUUCCCAAUCGAUAGUGAUGCAACUUCAAACAAGACACCAUCAGUUGAUCGAGAAACAGAAUGUUCAGAACAAAUCGACUUUCAAGCUGAAUUGGAAAUUAAACGUGAAAAAUCAACGCCAUCACCAGAACGUGAAGCCGCUCGCACUGAACCGUUCUUUGGCCGAACGUCAGUUGAAAGCAAUGGCCCAAUGAUAAUUUCGGUCAGAACCGAUUUGGUUGAACACCAAACCAAGCCAACGAAGAUUGAAUCAGAUUUGGUGCGUCCGGAAAGUGAUGACGAGAAAAUGGACAUUGAAUAUGAUACGAAGACGAUUAUUAAACCACAUGAAAGUAUUCCAGACGUUCGGAAAUGGGACUGCGAUGAAGUCUAUACUUAUUUCACGGCAAAAGCACCACAAUUCGCACAACUCUUAAAGGACAACCAAAUCGAUGGUGACGCACUAUUGUUGAUCAAACGCGAAGAUGUUCUGAAUCGCUUCAAUCUGAAACUUGGACCAGCCCUGCGUUUGUAUAUGCACAUUGUUGAGCUACAGUACAAAAACAACAAUCCCAUUCUCGCUUGGAACGAAUUUUAAAUACAACGAAAUAGAUCAAUAAGGUUGACCAUUUAUUCAUUCAGCUUCAUAUUUCAUGCUAAUUUCUUUCUUCCCCUACCCAUGGAAGAGCCUCACAGGAUUUUAUAAAUUUUAUUUUACUUUAGACUAAGUCUCAUUCCAUCAACCCAUCUAAAAGAAACAAAAAAAUUUCAAAAAUAGAAAGAAAUUAUUGCCCAUAAAAUGCCACUCAGAUCGGGCCUGUGUUCGUAGAGAUAAAGGUUUUUUUCCCGGAACAAUCUUGAAUAUUUAGAAUAUUUUAAUACGGCAGAAAAAUUGUUACGAUAAGAAUUUUUAAAUAAAAAAUGCAUUAAUGAAAAAAUGCAGCUCGAAUAAAAAACACA